AUGGACGAUGUUUCGGACUUGCUUCAGACUUUGCAGGCUUUUGACAGUGGAGUGUGGCAAUACUGUGGAAUCAACUCCAAUCGCACUCUGGGACUUGCAGUCGAUUUGAAUGGCGACUUGGCAGCUGUGCAACAGUAUGUCCGCACUUGGAGCGAUGGGCAAUGUGUUUCUGGUUUUACCACCACCCAAACAGGGAGCGCCGAGCUUGCCUUGACAAACACACUCAUUUUCAAUUCUUCGUCGCUGGCUGUGACAAACAGCACCGUCCAUGCUCGGUCCUUCAGCCAGUCAGGCAUCUCCCAUACACACUCCGUGCUUCACACCCAUCGUCGUUCUACUUGUUCGUAUGUGCAGGUGGUAUCAGGAGAUUCUUGCGCUUCUCUUGUUGAGGAGUGCGGCAUCACAUCCGAUGAGUUCUAUGAUUACAACACCGCCAGCGACCUCUGUUCAACCCUUGCCGUAGGCCAGUAUGUCUGUUGCUCACCAGGCACUCUUUCCGAUUUUGCUCCAUCACCCUAUGCUAAUGGAACGUGUUAUACCUACGAUGUUGUCUCUGGGGACUCGUGCUCGCUGACGACGGGUCCGUUCACGCAUGCCGCCGCCAACUUCUUCUACAACGUGAAGCCGCUGUUCGGGAUCGACAGCACGACCUGGUACGACAUGCAGAACAGCAUCAACGCGACCAUCCGCAUGAACCUGGUGGGCGCCGCCGACUGCACGCAGGGCGAGGCCCACAACACCCCGGCCACCAACGCCACCCUCACCGACCUCCGCGGCUACGGCAUCGACAUCGAGGAGCUGCUAACCAACUCCGAGGCCUGCCAGAACGCCACCGGCGUGUACUUCGGCUCCCAGUCCGUCAGCAUCACCGCCGUCGCCAGCUCCGGCGUCCUGCCCACCUGCUGCUACAACCUGCCCGUGCUCACCCUCGUCCCCGUCUCCGGCCUCGAUCCCUUCGAGGACAGCCCCUGCUGGAUCAACACCGUCAACGCCACCCUCUCCAACGUCACCGUCGGUCAGACCUACCUCCUGCCCAACCUGGUCACCAUCUUUGAUCAGGAUUACUGUACCUGCGGCUAUGCGACGGUGUGCAAACGCACCGAUGGGCCUUGUUAGGCCGCGGUUUGCUUUAUCUUUUGGCCUCUCUUUGUU